UUAAGAAGGCAAUGGAUAGUUUUAUUUUAGCUAGUAGUAGCUAUUUUAGUAAACACUAAGCGGUGCCGUAAAAUAAUAUGAGACAGCUUGGAUAUUAUCGACGAGGAAAUGCCACUUUUCUUACAGAAUCGGCAAAUUGAUCGCGUGAGCUCAACAUCUGAGUUAUUUAGGAAGCAUUCACACUUGCAGGAAAACGCUCGUGUGUUCCGUAGCAAGACACCGACUACUGUCGACGCGAAGUGCCUGUUAUAUGUACAGCAACGAGAAUUUGCAGCCACAAAUCCCUUAGACAAAUCUGUCACCAUCAUUGGUUCUGCAGAUGCAACCACCUGUCACCUAGUAGUUUUGCGACACACGGGGAGUGGCGCAACAUGUCUGGCUCACUGCGAUGGCUCCAGGACGUGGUCCGAGGUGCCCCUCAUAGUGAAGGCUGUCGCCUCCUUAACCGGUGAAAUGAAGGAUGGCAGAUAUGAACUUCACCUGGUUGGGGGAUUUGACGAUGAAUCACAAACGUCCCACAAACUCAGCCUUAAUCUUUUGGCGGCCUUUCAGAAACAGCAGGAGGAGAUCCAUCUCGAGACAUGUUGCAUCACAGAAAUGAACGACGAGGUUGUGGAGGGGGUUCAUCGGCCUGUGGUGUAUGGAAUAGGAGUGAAUGUUAAAACGGGCGAGGUGUUCCCGGCCUCGUUUCCGACCCGAGGACCAGCCGAGGACCUGCGCUCGGCACGCACCUUCACCGGGGGACAGAUGGUUGAGAUCUAUGACUCAAGCAAGGAACAAGUGGAAAUAGGCCCAUGCAAGUGGACGCCCAACAGGGACAUUGCCUUCUGGUUGGCACAGGACGAUGACACCAUCUUACAGUACCUGUCCACAUCCCCGAUGGCUGAGCCUCCACACUUUGUGCAGCACAUCAAGUCCACCAUCCAGUUCCUCCUGAACCACCCCACCGCAGACAGCCUCUUCCCCGGCGGGCAGCCCCAGGUCUUCAGGCGCUCGGCGCAGGGAGGGUGGGACUGCAGUCCCCCUCCUUCUCCCCAGCAGCAGCAGCAGCAGCAGCAGCAGCAGUAGCAGCGUGCCGACGACAACCCCUAUGGAGGACCUGUGGAGCUCUCAUUCACUCCUUAAACCCCUGGAAAAUCACUGUGACCUUCCUACACACUCUCACACACACAUUCUCAGACACACACUCUUUCUCACACACACGCACAUGCAUACAUACAUACAUACAUACAUACAUGCCUCAGUGGGGACUUCUGAUUGGCUUGAUUGUGUUUGAAUGGACAAGCACGGGUCUUCUGAAUGCGUGCAUUUCUAAUUGGACCCCUGCAUGGAGAAGAGUGCCCCCAUUGGACCAGAACGUGUUCACUGUCAGGACGGUGACCGUAAAAUGACCAUGAAUCCUUUUUCCCCAAGUUCUAGUUCAUUCGUAGAUAUGGAAAUUAUGGCAAGAUUCAUAUGUUUUAAAAUGGGGUUUAAAGAAGAAUUCCUUCAAAAAAGUUUAAAGAAGGAAUGGUAGAGGCAUCUAAUUUGUCACUUACGUUAUACCUACUUGGGCCUUAAGACCAACCAGCAUUCUUAAUGGAAGUGCUUUGUGUCGACCAUAUUGAUUCACUUAGACCAUUUCUGUUAUCCUGAAUAGCAGGAGUGUCUGCUAAUAAUAAAUCUCCAGACAUACCGGAUUCUGAAUAGAGAAACCUGGGCAUCGUGCACCAAUAAGUUCCUUCAUCAGAGGCUAAUGAUUAGCGAUAUUGUAUACUUUUAACAGAGAUCAUUCAUCUUGAGUCUUUGUGCAACAUUUCAUGUAUUACUGCUGUAUGUGAUGUCCAACCCAUGAAGCCAGCAUGGUAAAUGCUAGCUGGACUUGAGCUCAGUGCAAUAACUGAAUUUCAGUGUGUCGACUCAACACUGAUAUAUGGUUGAGUUGAAUUCCUAUCUUCAGUGGAGGACACACAAGCAACGUAAUGUAGCUGAUUUGAACUACUUCAUAAUCUUCAUCUUCAUCUUAAAAUGCCUAUAAAUUUAAGAAAAAAAUCCAUUUGAAAGUAAGAAUAUUCAGUUGAAACUGUACCUGGAUCAGUUCAUCUAGACAUGUAUAGUAAAUAAACACAACUGAGAUUCUG